CUCCACCUCAGCCUCCUCUUCCUCUUCCUCUUCUGUGUUCGGCGUUAGUUUCCAUAGCGAUGGCUGACUCCGUGCGUCUGAGUGGCGGCUCCGUGCGGUUCGGGGCAACCUACAGCGGCAGCAAGAUGUUCUCAUCGGGCCGGGCCGGAGCCGGUGGAUCGGGAGCAGGGGCCGGGCUCGGCCUGGGGAUGGGCAUGGGGAUGGGGAUGGGCAUGGGGAUGGGAGGCCGUGCCGGGGCAGGAGGAGCAGGCCUGGGCCUGGGCAUGAGAGGAGGAGGAGGCCUGGGGCUCGGGAUGGGGAUGGGGCUCGGGGGGAUGGGAGCCGGAGCUGGAGCUGGAGCUGGAGGGGCCCGCGGAGCGGCAGGGUUCCGUAUGGGUGUGGCCCCGCUGCGUGCUCGUCUGGGGGGAAAGGUGUUCAAGAUCGGAGGGUACGGCUUUAACCCUGCCUUCCUGGGCGGAGCCAGAGGGGCCGGUGGAGCUGGGGGAGCAGGAGGGGUCGGGGGUGCCGGCGCGGGAUUGGGCGGUGUCGGAGGAGCAGGCGCCGGAUUGGCUGUGCCCACAUUAGACCCCUCCCUCCCCUCCAUGGACACAGUGCAGGUGACUCGACUGCGGGAGAAGGAGGAGCUUCAGGCCCUCAAUGACAAGUUCGCCUCCUUCAUCGACAAGGCCAGGACCCUGGAGCAGCAUAACGCCGUACUGAAGGCCAAGAUCUCCAUGUUCACCAAUCCAGAACAAGGGGGCGGGGCCUCCACAUCCAUCCUGCUCACCUCCGCCAUCGGAAACUAUAAGGGCCAGAUCGACUCCCUGACGGCUACUAAGGAGGCGGUCAUUGCGGAGAUCGAACACUACAAGAGCAUCAUCGAAGACGUCACUGGCAGAUUUGAAGAGGAAUCAUCUCAAACUAAGACGUUGGAGAUCGACUGGACCAACCUGAAAGAGGAGGUUGACAGUCUGUAUCUGUCCAUCUUCGAGCUGCAGACGAGUAUCAGCGGCUUGGAGGACCAGAUAGCCCUCUCCAAACAGGUGUACGACGCGAAAGUGAAGGAGGUGCGCAACAUUGUGAGCGGCAGUGUGAAGUCGGCGGUGUCGAUCUCGGUGGAUAACGCAGCGCAGGCCACCGACCUCACGGCGGCGCUAGCGGACGUCAAAACUCACUACGAGGCCCUCGCACAGCGCAGCAAGCAGGACGCACUGCUCUCCGUGCAGGACAGCAUAUCCAUGAUGUCCAUGUCCAGCGCUCCCUCCACCCAGACGCUCACCUCAGCCAAAGAGGAGCUCAGAGUCUACAAACUGCAGAUCGACUCAGUGCAGCGCGAAAUCGACCGACUCAAAUCACUGAACAUCCAGCUGGAGUCCCAGGUUGACGAGGCGGAGUCCCAUUCCAGCUCCCACACAGAGACCUACCAGGAGCAGGUGACCGUCCUGAAGGGACAACUAGACGACCUGCGCAAGCAACUCACCCACUACGGUCAGGAGUACCAGGAGCUGCUGGCCAGCAAGAUGAGUCUCGACGUGGAGAUCACCGCCUACAAGAAGCUACUGGACGGGGAGGAGACACGGCUGAGGUCUGGAGGGGGCGUGACCGUCCACAUGUCCAAGACCGUCUCCGGGGGAGCAGGAGGCGGGGCUGGAGCUGGCCUGGGAGGCGGAGCUGGAGCUGGAGGCUUCGGAUUGGGCCUAGGAGGAGGUCUAGGAGGCGGAUUAGGAGGAGGUCUUGGCGGUGGCCUCGGAGGAGGUCUUGGAGGAGGUCUUGGAGGAGGACUGGGAGGAGGACUGGGAGGAGGUCUGGGCGGUGGCUUCGGAGCUGGAGGGUCUUUUGGGGGCAGCAGCUACCUGUCAUCCAGCUUCAGUAGCAGCGCACUGUCCUCCGCAGUGUACUGAUGACCUAGUCUGACCUCGCCACCAGACUACACUACCCACGAUGCACUUCAAUGAUCACAUGACACACAACUCCGCCUUCUGGACCAUGUGACCUGCCUCAACUCCGCCCUCCUGAUACAGCGUAUUCCUGCCGCUUCAAAAAAGCGAUUUUAAAGCCACUUCAUACAA